UGCUUUAUAAGAGCGUCUCAACUCACCUGCACACACACACAGAGACUGACAGAGAUACAGAGAGCGAGACAGAGAGAGAGAGCUGGGAAAUACAUGUGCAGCAUUUCAGGUCUGAUCUACACUCUGCACCAUGCGGUUCAACACGCUGUUCUUCCUGCUGAUGGGAUUCUAUCUCAGUCUUACAUUGGCACAAGGGACCUAUGAAGACUGCUGUUUGAGGUACGUGAAAACACUGAGCGGCAGGGUUCAGAGACAUGCCGUGAAGUACAGAUGGCAGGUGCCGGAUGGAGACUGCAACCUGAUUGCUGUGAUUUUCACUAUGAGGAAGGGCCGGGAGUUUUGCACGGACCCCAAAGAGAGCUGGGUGGGAGAUCUGAUGGAGAGGGUUGACAGAAAGGGAAAGAACGGCAACAAGAACCGUUCACAUCAGCACAGACACUAAGAAGGAGGGGUAACCACAAUGGCCGCCGUUCAUCUCUCCUCCCUCUAACAAAUCUUAUCAUAAAGCAUCCAACAGUUUUAUGGCGUCUUACUGGAAAGCUGGUCAAGGACUUCUUGUAGCAGUUACUAGUUACUUUUUCUUUCACUCUGGCUCGGUCAAAGAUGAAUAGUUCACUUAGGGUUGGACUGCUGACGCCAGCUGGACUGCACAUAUAAAUUCAAUAUCAUGGCUGCUUCACUGAGAGUACCUGGGACUGUUUUCUUGCCCUUCGAGGUUUCAGAUAUUCAAUAAGCUGCUUAGUUUAAUGGUGAUGAGUGUAAAUAAUAUAAUUACUAAGAUGGAGUUUGCUUCAUGUGUUCAAAUGUCAAUAACCGAUGUAAUAACAAGCUGUCAAAUGUCAAAUUAUAUCAGAAUUUUUGUAUUAUAGAAAUGGAAAAACCUCUGUCUUUGUUCCUUCUCUGUACUUUAAAUGUUUGUCUCUUCACAUGUUUUAAGAAAAGGUUUUCUAACAAUGUGUGUUUCUCAAAAAGAGAUUUAAUAAAUGUGUUCAUUAAUGUUGUU